UUUUCAUAGAUUGGUUUGACGCUUGCUCUCUAGUCUCAACCUUCCGGUCCAUCCUCUUUCUCCUAUGCUUCUUCUUCUUCUUACUGUAUUUUUUUAGGCUUCUCUUUUCAGACUGUCUCUCACUCUCCCGACAAAAUGAGUUCCCUUUCUUCUUGAAGCUUUUACCUUUCUUUAUAUUAUCACAAGGAAGAAGAAAAGAUUGUAACCGAACCCAAACUCACCUCUGCCCUUCCCAACAAAUUUGCCUCUUUCACUCUCUCAGACUGUCUCUCUUCCCUGAGUAGAGUUAAAAGAUGGAUUCAGUCUGUCCUGUAAAAACCCAUGUCUUCCAUUCGAUAAACCAUAAUCCAGUUUUCCUUCUAUCUCCUCUGAAAUUUCAAGUUUCUCGCUUUAUUAGGUUUUCAUCUUCAAAGCUCCGUAGUAAUAGUAAACAAAAGAGAGCUCGCUGUGAGUUUGAUAUCAAAGGAAAUGGUGCUCUUUCUGGUGAUUCAGACCCCCGUUUCAUUGACAGGCAAAAAGCUCUAGAAGCAGCGAUGAAUGAUAUAAACAGCUCUUUUGGUAAAGGAAGUGUUACAAGAUUAGGCAGUGCAGGCGGAGCUCUAGUUGAAACUUUUCCAAGUGGCUGCUUGACGUUAGACUUUGCACUAGGCGGGGGCCUUCCAAAAGGAAGAAUUGUAGAGAUAUAUGGUCCAGAGAGUAGUGGAAAAACCACUCUAGCACUCCAUGCAAUCGCUGAAGUGCAGAAGCUGGGAGGCAAUGCCAUGCUUGUGGAUGCAGAGCAUGCUUUUGAUCCUGCUUAUUCAAGGGCUCUGGGAGUGGACAUAGAAAAUCUAAUUGUGUGUCAGCCUGACCAUGGGGAGAUGGCAUUAGAAACCGCUGACCGAAUGUGCAGAUCUGGUGCCAUAGAUCUAAUAUGUAUCGAUUCUGUCUCAGCCUUGACUCCAAGAGCUGAAAUUGAGGGGGAGAUUGGAAUGCAGCAAAUGGGUUUACAGGCCCGCCUUAUGAGCCAAGCAUUGCGUAAGAUGUCAGGCAACGCCUCCAAAGCUGGAUGCACUCUCAUUUUCUUGAAUCAAAUAAGACAUAAGAUUGGCGUGUUUUACGGGAACCCUGAAGUCACAAGUGGCGGAAUUGCUCUAAAAUUCUUUGCAUCUCUUCGACUUGAUAUACGUGCUACGGGGAAGAUAAAAUCUGUCAAGGGAGAUGAAGAUAUUGGACUUAAGGUUCGAGUGAGGGUGCAGAAAAGCAAGGUAUCAAGGCCCUACAAGCAAGCUGAAUUUGAGAUAAUAUUUGGGGAGGGAGUGAGCAAACUGGGCUGUGUCUUAGAUUGUGCAGAGAUGAUGGAGGCUGUACUAAAAAAAGGUUCUUGGUAUAGCUAUGGGGAUCACAGGUUGGGACAGGGUAGAGAUAAAGCCCUACAGUUCCUGAGAGAGAAUCCUCUUCUAUGCGACGAAAUCGAGAAGGUGGUAAGAUCGAAGAUGGCUGAGGGAAUAGGACAGGCAGGAGCCGGUUAUCUUGGGCAACUUCCUUUUCCAGUACUUCAAGAUGGUCAUGAAACAAUGGACGAUGAUGAGUUGUGACCUGAGAAAAUUUAGUAGUUAUCUUUUCUGAAGCUGAUCACAGUGCAGUCUAAGAAACCCGAGAUCAGUAAACAUUGGCAUGCAACCACCGCGCUACCAUCAAAAGGUGAAAUGUCUGUAAAAUCCGGUAGCCGAUUCGUCCUACCAAAGAAAGUCACUGUAACAAGGAAGAGUUAUUUUCUUCUGGUCAUUGAUGUAUGGAGAGAAGGGGUCUGUACAUUUUUACAGACUUGGGCUUGGUAUCUUUAUUAUAUCUUUCUAAAUUAUUAGUUGUAGAUGUAGUUGAUCUUGCUGGAAUUCUAAGCUUUCCGACCUUUACAAAGCCUUAUAUCUGCCUAUAUCGGUUUCGA